AUGUCGGCGAAACGACAGCUCCUGUCGCAGGCCAAGCAGUGGCGCCGGGCAGCCAGCAAAGGUCGAACUGUCAACCCUUCGUCCUGCCUGCGAUGCUCCUUCGCGACAGCCCAUCCACCGAACGCUCCCCGACAAGUGCCAUUUGCUUCGCGACGGCUGUAUACGACGUCUGCUGCAUCGCAUGAUCCGCGCGCCGAGCUCCUUGAACUUCUACCCCAGCUCAAUGCUCAUCUCUUCGAAACGAUUGACAACCCACGCCUAGCCCUCGUGCUACAGAACCUGCGCCAACAAGCAGGCCAGGAAGCUGUCCGCGUCGCCAUACUAGGACUGGAGAGUGGCCGGGGCGGCAGUGCCGGUUCCGUCGCAAAGAAGCUUUUGCGCGUUCUUAUAGUCGAUCCUCUGGUCGAUGAGCAGGAAUGGGAGAGGCAGCUCGACAGCCAUGACCCGAUUGCGCCGCUCAUUGUCCGCAUUCAACCACAUCACGCGGGCGAGACGCAAGUCGCAUUCUCGCAAGGCACCCAGACAUCUGAACUGAUGAUCUCCUCGCCUGCAUUCAACGGACUCAACCUCGAGCUGCUCCUAGCCAGCAGCACCGCGGCGGACCUGUUCCAGCACGACAAACCAGCCACAGCAGAGGCCAUUCUAAGCCCGCAACUGGCAGUGUCUGUCGAACAUCAUGUCGCCCCCAUAAGCGCGCCUGUUCACAAGGCCCUACUUGUUGGCAGUGGGCUCCCGGGCGCCGUCAGCUUGUCAUCGAUUCCGCGCGAGGAUCAGGGCUUUGUUCAUAAAGCUACAGACUUCGAGGGGCUUUCCGACAAGAUCAAGGGCGAUGGCUACCAAGUGAUAGAUGUAGCCAGGGCGGAGAAGGCUGUGUCUCUCUUCCGGCGUGGUCCGCAACACGGAAUCGAGUACGAGAGGCAAUGGUACGCCAGUGGAAUGCCCACUCUCGUCGAGUGGCUGAAGGAGGGUCUGGCCACCACAGAAGAGGCUACCAAACCCAUCGUCCGCCAGUCCAUCGCAUCGCAUCUUCAGUACACCAAGGCAGAGAUUGAGGGACAGGAGCUACUGAUCUUCCUGGGGGCCAAGUCUGGUGGCAUUGUGUCGCCAGAAACGGCCGAGAUGAAGGGGGCCGUGGCACAGUGGGCACAGAGCGCGCACACAGAGCUGCAGGAGGAGCUCGACCGCGCAUUCACGGGGAAGCGAUGGCGCAAGCUCGGUUGGUGGAAACUCUUCUGGAGGGUGGACGACGUGGCCAUGCUCACGAAUGAGAUGUUGAGCUCCAGAUUUCUCCCCACCGCCGAGCAGGAUCUUGUCUACCUGACCGGCCGUAUCGCCGGCGCCCACAGCAGCCAGCCCUCCUACACGCAGCCGGCAAGCUCCAAGGACGCGGACAAGAAACUGGUCACCACCAAGCUCGGGUCCGGUGAGGUGGCUGAGAUUACACCAGUCUUGCCAAAGUGGCCGGGUCACAUUGCCUUCACCAGGAGGUACCUCCAGAACGAGACCAUCCCGGCUCUGCAGGCCUUGGCACAGAGGCUCGUCAUGCAAUCACUGGGGACAUCGUCUAUCGCCACAUCACUCGCCGCGCUGCUCUACGUGUCAAGCUUUGCUUCCUCACUCUACGAGGCCGGGGCGGUGGCCGCGCUAGGCAUUGUGUACGGCCUUGGGCGCAUGCAGAAAAAGUGGGAGACCGCGCGCGGCUUUUGGGAAGGCGAGGUCCGGGAAGAAGGCCGCAAGGCUGUCCGAGGCGCAGAGGAGAGCGUUGGCGAGGUGCUCGACGGGACCAAGUCAAGUGCCGAUGAUGCCCGCCAGGCGGCGACGCUGGAGAAGGCCAGGAAAUUGGUCGAGCAAGCCGAGGACGCGCUGGGGCGCCUGAAGUAA